GAUGAUGUGAGGUUAUGUUUACAUGAAACCGUAAAAAAUGUAAAAUUAUUUUAUUGUGUUGUGUUUUCGGUGUGUGUUUUGUGUGAACUUACAGAAGGAUAUCCUGGAUUCAAGAACGUGCAAUGUAAGCGGCGUUGAAUGGAGCUCUCAAAAAUAUGAGCAGUUUCGACAUAAUUUAUGGCAACUUGAUGCAUGCCUUGGACAAAUCAGAUCGCAUCAGAAGCAUCUCGAAAGUCUUCUCGGAAUGCAGUUGUGAUGAGAAGAGAGUUGAAUUGGUAUUUAAUAUAUUGCAGGAAAAUGUACUCCCGCUGACCAUCCAUCAAAGAGGUAAAAGUACGGAGGAAUCAGUUCGAUUGAGGAAUGUUGGAAACUCAGCUUUCAAGCAGAAGAAGCUCUCUGCUGCCUUGAAAUUAUACUCUCAAAGUGUUGCUGUUGCCCCUAAUGACAGUGCUGAACUUGCUCUGGCUUAUGCGAAUAGAUCUGCUGUGCUUUUCAUGUUAAAAUCCUAUGAAUUGUGUGUCGUUGACAUCAACAGGGCAAUAGCUUGUAACUAUCCGGACCACCUGAAGUACAAAUUGUAUGAGAGAAAAGCAAAAUGCUUUCUGCAUAAUGGAUGUCUUGAACAAUCUAAAAGAUCUUUCACUCUUGCAUUGAAGAACUUAGAGGUAUCCACAGUAAAAGACAAAACGAGGGAAAAUCUAGAAAAAAGCUACAAUUCUGAACUUGAGUCAUGUGUGCUGAAGGCAGGUGGAGAAGAGUCAACAAACAGCAAGACUUGUUUCUCAGCUGAUGUUGAAGAUGCAAAAGACCCACUAUCAUGUCAAAAUUCUAACUGUCUACCAUCCGUGUCGUCACCUGGAAAUGCUGUCAUCCCAUCUGCAUCUCGGGCAAUCAAACUGGACUACAACAGUGAGGAGGGGCGAUACUUGUGUGCCACUGAAGAUAUACAUCCAGGCGAUGUUCUAGUCGUAGAGGAGCCUUACUCUUCUAUCUUGCUUCCUGAUCAGUACUCCAGUCAUUGUUUUGAGUGUUAUAAGCGAAAUGAAGCUCUAGUCCCUUGCUUAAGUUGUUCAUUGGUCAUGUACUGCUCUGAAAAGUGUCGCAAUCGAAAUUGGGAAAAGUGUCAUAAAAUAGAAUGCAAAAUUCUCCCGACGUUGCUGGACCUUGAGUUCAACAAGAUGGAACUCUUAGCUCUGCGAAUAUUGUUGGUAGCCUCGAGACAAGGCUUAGAAAUAAACUUGCUACGAGAUUAUGUUGAAUCGUUUUCCCAUCAGGAGUCUGAUGUGAUAAAAGGGCUCAAUUCUAGCGGUCAAUAUAUCUCCAGUGAUUACUGUUCGAUGCACCAUUUGGAAACAAAUAGUCACCGUCGAAGCCUAGCUGAUUUGUUCCGUCGAUGCACAGUUGCGACUGUCUUCAUUUACUUGUUGGGAAGGAUUGAUUUUUUUGAGUCCGAGUUGUCCAGCAAAAUUGAAAAUGGUUUUGUCGGAUCAUUUGAGAUGCAGCCUCACCUGUCAGGGGCAGAGCUUUUCUGUGGUGCAUUGCUGAUGAAAUAUUUGCAGUGUUUACCAUGCAAUGCGCACGAAGUGUCUGAGAUGCUGUUUUCAAAGUGUGCUGAUAGUCACAUGGUAUAUGACAGUCUAGAAAUUGGUGCUGUUGCUUACCCUGUUCUGAGCCUAAUCAAUCAUUCAUGUGAUCCAAACGUUGUUCGGCACAGUUACAACGGAGACACAGUCGUCCUCAGGGCAAUCCAAGUCAUACAUGCUGGUGAUCAGUUGUACGAUAAUUAUGGUUACCACCAUGCACUGCAUUCGCGAGAAGAAAGGCAGAAGCAUCUACUUGAACAGUAUUACUUCCAGUGUCAGUGUUUAGCAUGUCUGGAGGAUUGGCCGCGUUAUGGUGACUUGGCAUCCACAAAUCCUGUAUAUCUAACUAGGGAUACUGAACUCCUGAAAAAAGUUUCUGUAUCAUCGAAAGUAUUUCAAAGUAUUUUGGAGAAAGUACUUGAGAUGAAAACCAAUGGACACCUAGAUUUCCUCUACAAACACUUAGCCCUGUUGCAGCAGACCAUCCAAAGACCAUGGAAGGAGUUCAGCGAGUGUCAGGAAACAGUGAAACAGUGCCUUAGCAUGGAAGCCAAUCAUUAUAUCUUUGAGAAUCAAUCUUGAAUUCAGUAGUACCCAGAGUUGCCUUCUUUUCUCUAGUAUUUUUCAUUUUCUCAGGGCUUCUUUCAAAGAAAACUUUUCAAGGGAAAGCUCAGCCAAAUGCAAAGCAAACUGAAUGAUCAAAAAGCAUUAGAUUUUACGCAAAAGACACAAUUGAAUCAAUUUCUUGUAAGAAAUCAUUAGUCUUUAUUAAGUCAGCUGUAAUCUUGAGGACAGUUGCGUCUACGAAAAUUUGCAACGGUGAAGGACAAGGUCCUAGUGAACUUGCAAUGAUGACUCAUAGUAUACGUAUUUCAGAAGCCUAUUUUUUGUUUUCAAUUAAAUCUUCUAUUUUUUGUUUUUAUUAACUUAUUUCAAUUGACAGUAGUUAUACUAGUUGAUUUUUAUCUGUGAUUUUCAAUGUCACUGGAUUGUUUUUAUUAUUAAAUUGUUUUUAAAUUAA